AGCAAUGAAGCCAUCGAAGGACUAAAAUGGCUCUGAGAACUUACGGUGACAAGCCAAUUAGUUUUCAAGUAGAAGAAAAUGGGGAGUACUACUGUAUUGGAUCUGAGGUUGGGAAUUACCUGCGCUUGUUUCGUGGGUCCCUAUACAAGAAGUAUCCUGGGAUGUACCGCAGGAGCAUCACAAAUGAUGAAAGAAAGAAAUUGGUUGAACUGGGUUUAAGCCAACAUGUAUUGGCAUCAAGUGUUUCUCUCCUGCGAGCUUCUGAAGUAGAGGACGUAAUUGAUGGCAAUGAUGAAAAGUACAAAGCUGUGUCUGUCCAUUCAUCAGAACCUCCAAUUCCGAGGGAAGGAAAGUCAAAAAAAAGCAUGCCAUGGGUGCCAUCAUUGCCCAACAGCUCACACCUUGAUGCUGUUCCUCAGGCUACACCAAUCAACAGAAACAGAGUCAGUAACAAAAAAGUUCGAACAUUCCCGCUAUGUUUUGAUGAUACAGACCCUUCAACAAUUGCUGAAAAUGCUUCUCAGGUUGAACUGCUAGUUCCAAUUCGACUGGACAUGGAAAUAGAAGGACAGAAGUUGCGUGAUACUUUCACAUGGAACAAAAAUGAGAGUUUAAUCACUCCAGAACAAUUUGCUGAGGUUCUGUGUGAUGAUCUGGAUCUGAACCCAUUGACAUUUGUACCUGCAAUAGCUCAGGCCAUACGUCAGCAGAUUGAUGGCUUUCCAACAGACAGCAUUAUUGAAGAGAACUGUGACCAAAGGGUUAUUAUCAAGUUGAACAUCCAUGUUGGCAAUACUUCUCUAGUGGAUCAGGUUGAGUGGGAUAUGAGUGAAAAGGAUAACAACCCAGAACAUUUUGCAAUGAAAUUAUGUGCAGAACUGGGUUUGGGAGGUGAAUUUGUUACAGCAAUUGCAUACAGUAUCCGUGGACAGCUUAGUUGGCAUCAAAGGACAUAUGCAUUUAGUGAAGCUCCUCUUCCUACAGUAGAAGUUCCUUUUCGGCCACCAUCUGAAGCUGACCAGUGGUCACCAUUCCUUGAGACUCUCACUGAUGCUGAGAUGGAAAAGAAAAUUCGUGACCAGGAUCGAAACACUAGGCGGAUGCGUCGGUUGGCAAAUACAACACCUGGCUGGUAAAGUAAGAUGCCAUGGCAACAGUAUUUAUUGUUUCUGUUCAAGAUCUGUAAGAGUGUCAUGAUAAAAUUUGGUAAUACAGUUCUGUGUGUAUUACUGAAUUAAAAUUUAAAGACAGUAGUUGUAUAAUUUAAUCCUAAUUAAAGAUGAGAGUAAAAAA